AUGGCACUGUCGUGGGGAGAGCGGAAAACAGAUGUAUACAAUGCCAGACAAAUGAUACAUAUUAGACAAAUGGAAUACUCUGUAAAGACGCGAUCCGCCAUCGUCGGCGCCGGUCCCGCAGGCUAUGCCCUCGCCGUAGAUCUCGAGGACCACGGGACCUCCGUGCUCGUCUACUCCCAUCCCUCCCACCAACGGUACACGAAGAGCAUCCUCGCGCAAGGCGGGCAAUUGCGUUCCAAGGGCCUGAUCGACGCAUGUCUCCUGCCACGAAUCACCAGCGAUAUGAGCGCCGUCGUGGCGUUCGCGACGGUGAUCAUCAUCACGGUGCCCUCGACGGGCCAGGAGACGAUCUGGCGGGAGUUGGCGCGCUUCGACCUCUCGAGCCACGUCGUGAUCGCCGUUCCCGGGAAUUUGUUCUCGAUGAUGCGAGAUUUCCCGUUGAAUGCGGGGUGGAUCCUCGAGACGAAUCUGAGCCCGUAUUCAUGCCGGAUGGACGACAGCGCGGAACUGGUCGUCUUGGGGAAGAAGAAAUUGGUUUCGAUCGCGAUGUUGGGCAAGGACCAGAAUCUCCGAGUCAAGGAAUUGGUGGAAGGGAUUUUCCCCAUGGAGUUGCUUUGGUGUCGGAAUGUUGUCGAGGUCUGCCUGUCGAACAUCAACGGGGUCUUUCACCCUCUAAUGGUCCUCAUGAACGCGGGAAGGAUUGAGAGUACGCAGGGAGACUUCUUCUAUUAUGCGGAGGGGCUGACGCCUUCGGUGGCUAAGGCUAUUCGUGCGGUGGAUGAAGUGAGGAUCGAAGUCGGGAGGGCGCUUGGGUUCAAGAUGAAGAGCGUGGUGGCCAUGUCGAAUGAAUGCUACAACCACGAUUUCAAGGAUCUGGUGGAUCUCGCGCAGAAUUCGAAACCGCAUCGGAGGUUAAAAGCGCCGGAGGUUGUCGAUACGCGGAACAUCUCCGAGGAUGUGGGCGAUCUGUUGGUCUGCUGGCAUGGUCUGGCGGAGAAGUUGGGGAUCGACAAUAAGGCUCUGACGGCGGUGAUUGCGUUGGCGGGCAUGACGGCUGGGAAGGAUUAUUUGGAGGAAGGCAGGAAUCUGACCAGGCUUGGUCUGCAGCAUUCGUCAAGAGAGGAGAUUUUAGAAAAGUUCCGCAUUCAUUGA